UAUUCAUAUUCAUGCAGACUCGAAUGAAAUCAUCAAGAAGACGAAGGUAGAAACUUGCUCUUCACUGGAACAGCACGCUCCUUAUUUGCAGAUAGGCUAACAAUAAAGAUUUGUAGAUCUCCAGUAAGGCAUGCGUAAUUGAUUUGAAAUGUAACAGUAAUAAUCAAUUUCGCAGGUCGCCUCAGCUUGUCACAGGCAAAACCAUAGUGGCUGUCAGGGAACGUAAAUAUGAUACCUUCGAACUAAUCAAACACUCCCAAACUCCACACAGCAAAAGGAGGAACACGUUGUUUUGAGGCGACUGCGCUGACAACGUGAGGACUACUCAAAGAAGCACCGGGAGUCAACUGUCGUUGCCACCAUCAUGAGCGGGGGUACCACUACCAAACAAAAGAUGGAGGACGAGGCCGUGCUGGACCGCGGGGCGUCCUUCAUCAAGCACCACUGCGACGAGGAGGAAGUCGAGGGUCACCAUACCAUCUAUAUAGGCGUGCGUGUGCCCAAGAGCUACCGUAGGCGGAGACGUCACCGCAGGAAGACCAGCCAAAAGGGGAGGAAGGAGCGGGUGACGGAGACGGCCUCUGACAAGUCGGACAACGAAGACAACGUCGAGCCCAGUGGCACCAUCCUCAAGCCCCUCAUCUCGCCGGCGGCCGAGCGCAUCCGCUUCAUCCUGGGCGAGGAGGACGAUGGGCCCGCGCCACCGCAGCUCUUCACCGAGCUGGACGAGCUGCUCUCCGUCGACGGACAGGACAUGGAGUGGAAGGAGACCGCCAGGUGGAUCAAAUUCGAGGAGAAGGUGGAGAAGGGAGGCGAGAGGUGGAGUAAGCCCCACGUGGCCACGCUGUCCCUGCACAGCCUGUUUGAGCUGCGCACCUGCAUCGAGAAGGGCACCAUCAUGCUGGACAUGGAGGCCAGCACGCUGCCCCAGGUGGUCGAGAUGAUCACCGACAGCCAGAUUGAGAACGGCCAGUUGAAGGCCGACCUGAAAGACAAGGUGAUGUACACCUUGCUGAGGAAACAUCGCCACCAGACCAAGAAGUCCAACCUGCGCUCCCUGGCCGACAUUGGCAAGACGGUCUCCAGUGCAAGUAGGCUGUUUACCAACACGGACAAUGGUAGUCCAGCCACCACGCACAAGAACAUCACGUCCAGCAGCAUGAAUGACAUCUCCGACAAGCCCGAGAAGGAUCAGCUGAAGAACAAGUUCAUGAAGAAGUUGCCGCGGGAUGCGGAGGCCUCCAACGUGCUGGUGGGGGAGGUGGACUUCCUGGACGCCCCCUUCGUGGCCUUCGUACGCCUGCAGCAGGCCGUCAUGCUCGGAGCCCUGACCGAGGUCCCCGUGCCCACCAGGUUCUUGUUCAUCCUCCUCGGCCCCAAAGGCAAAGCCCGGUCGUACCAUGAGAUUGGGAGAGCCAUUGCCACCCUGAUGUCUGAUGAGGUCUUCCAUGACAUCGCGUACAAAGCCAAGGACCGGCAGGACCUGCUGGCUGGCAUCGACGAGUUCCUCGAUGAGGUCAUCGUCCUUCCGCCUGGAGAGUGGGACCCUGCCAUCAGGAUAGAGCCUCCCAAAUCUCUGCCUUCGUCGGACAAAAGGAAGAACAUGUAUGCCGGAGGGGACAACGCGCAGAUGAACGGUGACACGCCUCAUGAAGGGGGUCACGGCGGAGGGGGGCAUGCAGUCGGGGACGAGCUGAAGAGGACGGGGAAGUUCUGUGGUGGCCUUAUUCUCGACAUCAAGCGCAAGCUUCCCUUCUUCGCCAGCGACUUCUAUGACGCGAUACACAUCCAGUCGCUGUCGGCUAUCUUAUUCAUUUACCUGGGCACCGUGACCAACGCCAUCACGUUCGGAGGUCUGCUGGGGGACGCCACUGAGAACAUGCAGGGCGUGCUGGAGAGCUUCCUGGGUACUGCUGUGGCGGGAGCCGUCUUCUGCCUGCUGGCCGGCCAGCCCCUCACCAUCCUCAGCAGCACCGGGCCCGUGCUGGUCUUCGAGAGGCUGCUCUUCAACUUCAGCAAGGACAACCAGUUCGACUACCUGGAGUUCCGGCUGUGGAUCGGCCUGUGGUCGGCGUUCUUCUGCCUGGCCCUGGUGGCCACGGACGCCAGCUUCCUGGUGCAGUACUUCACACGCUUCACCGAGGAGGGCUUCUCCUCACUCAUCAGCUUCAUCUUCAUCUACGACGCCUUCAAGAAGAUGCUGAAGCUGGCCCACCACUACCCCAUCGACGCCAACUACAGGAUGGACCUCAUGACGCAGUACGACUGCAUGUGUAUGGCGCCCACUCUCGACAACAGCACAGGUCUAGUGGUGGACACAGGGGAUGGCAACGACUGGUUACUGUACAACAUCACAGAUAUGCCCGAGAACACCACAUGGUCGUCUCUGACGCGUUCGGAGUGUCUGAAGUACAAGGGCGAGCUGGUGGGGAGUGCGUGUGACUUUGUGCCUGACAUCACGCUCAUGUCCUUCAUCCUCUUCUUUGGCACCUACACCUGCUCCAUGGGCCUCAAGAAGUUCAAGUUCAGCCCCUUCUUCCCCACUAAAGUGAGGAAGCUGAUCAGUGACUUUGCCAUCAUCCUGGCCAUCCUGAUCUUCUGUGGCGUGGACGCUCUGGUGGGAGUGGACACCCCCAAGCUGCUGGUGCCUAGUGACUUCAAGCCUACCAACCCGUCACGUGGCUGGUUCGUGCCUCCGUUCGGGGGCAACCCCUGGUGGGUGUACCUGGCAUCGGCGCUGCCCGCCCUGCUCGUCACCAUCCUGCUCUUCAUGGACCAACAGAUCACCGCCGUCAUCGUCAACCGCAAGGAGCACAUGCUGAAGAAAGGCGCGGGCUACCACCUGGACCUGUUCUGGGUAGCGGUCCUGAUGAUAGUGUGCUCCUUCAUGGGGUUGCCAUGGUACGUGGCCGCCACCGUCAUCUCCAUCGCCCACAUCGACAGCUUGAAGAUGGAGACGGAGACCUCGGCGCCGGGGGAGCAGCCCAAGUUCCUGGGAGUCAGGGAGCAGCGUGUGACGGGAGUGUGUGUCUUCAUCCUCACUGGCCUGUCAGUGCUGAUGUCCCCCAUCCUCAAGUUCAUCCCAAUGCCGGUGCUGUAUGGCGUCUUCCUCUACAUGGGUGUGGCCUCCCUCAAUGGAGUACAGUUCAUGGACCGUCUGAAGCUGCUGCUGAUGCCAGCCAAGCACCAGCCGGACCUGGUGUACCUGCGGCACGUGCCCCUGCGCAAGGUGCACCUCUUCACCUUCCUCCAGGUGCUCUGCCUGGCCGCGCUCUGGAUCCUCAAGUCCACCGUGGCCGCCAUCAUCUUCCCUGUCAUGAUCCUGGCCUUGGUGGCGGUGAGGAAAGCCAUGGACUGGAUGUUCUCCCAGCAUGACCUCAGCUUCCUGGACGACGUCAUUCCCGAGAAGGACAAGAAGAAAAAAGAGGACGACAAGAAAAAGAAGAAGAACAAGAGGGGAAGCAUAGACAGCGAUGUUGAGGACUCCGACUACCCCUACAAUGAGAAUGUGCCCAGCAUUAAAAUCCCCAUGGAUAUGAUGGAGCAGGAGCCCUUCCUGGGGGACAAAGACAGAGAAAAGCCCCUUUCAUUCCUUGAUCGGCACACCUCAUGCUGAAAGGCAAUACUACUACCAGGAGGACUCCAUGUCAAGUCCCGAGCGAGUCCCGUUAAACGUGCCUACGAUUAGAAUAGAGAUGGACCCAGAUGACGACAACAACGGAUACUAUUGGAAAGGCAAG